AUGAAGGGAGGAGAAGUAAUUGCAGAAGAGAGAAGUAGGGAGAUUAGGGGAUGUAUAAAGAGCAGCAAAGGGCCAUGGCUGGUUCGUAGAGCCACCAAAGACGGUGACGUAGUGACUAAGUAUCGGUAUCCAUCAGAGCGGGAGCGGCAGAACAAUAAACAAAGGGAGAGACGACGGCGGUCCGUGGCCCAAAAAAUCUUUGCAGGGCUUAGGGCUCAUGGGAACUACAACCUUCCAAAGCAUGCAGAUACCAAUGAUCUUCUCAAGGCUCUUUGUAAAGAGGCUGGAUGGCAAGUUGAGGAGGAUGGAACAAUUUAUAGGAAGCAUCAUGCAAUGGGAAUGCCAAACUUGAUCAACAUAGAUUGUGGUCAAGUUUCGAUGGACGAAGAUCAAGAAUAUUGUAAAUGCAUUGAUGAUCAUACUGUGUCGAAACUUGGAGAUCUUCAGUCAAGAACCAUUUUACCACUUGAAGAAGAGCAUGAUAUUACCCUUACCCUAACCACAUUGCCAGUGAAUGAUUAUGUACUGAAAACUUAA